CAUGCUUCAAAACCCUGUCCAACAGGUUUCUGCCAAAUACGCAGGAAAGCUUGCUCAGAUCUCACAGCUUCGUGCAAAAUGCAGAUGUUUCCCGUUUGCAAGGAAGUUAAAGCGAGGACAUCUGCUGCGAUGUGUACUAGUCUCAACAGGUGAUCAUGCUCAGUUUGAACACAGGCAGAUUAUCAAUGUGGUGGAGCAGGUAGAGUAGUUAAAAAAACUUUAGAGGCAUAAGAGAAACAAUAACACCCAUGUGCCUGCAUGACUUAAACAAAACACAAAAGAUUCACGCAGGAACUUGAAACAAACGAACAGAAAGGACAGGCAGCAGGACAGUAAAGGUUAAUUUUUUUGUAGAGCAGUCCCUCCCUUUUUUUGCCACUCCUUAACUGUAUAAUCAGGUGACAGGUAGGUGUGGUGUUUUCUCUUUCCACCGCUGUAUGCGUUUGGCUUCCUCCUGAGAAAGCGUUGGGUGCUUAUCACAGUGGAUUGUACAAAAACGGACUCGUCAUGGCCGUCGCUGGGGGGCUCAAGUGUCUGAAGUAUCUCAUGUUUAUCUUCAACUUUAUCUUCUGGCUUGCAGGCACUGCCGUGUUUGCCAUCGGCCUGUGGCUGAGGUUGGACCCAAAAACCAAAAACUUGUUCGAAGGACCAGACUCUCCUUAUGUGUUUUACACAGGUGUCUAUAUCCUGAUUGGAGCUGGAGCGCUUAUGAUGGUGGUGGGCUUCCUGGGAUGUUGUGGGGCGAUCCAGGAGUCACCCUGGAUGCUGGGAGUGUUCUUCGGCUUUCUGCUGAUCAUAUUCGCCGUUGAGAUUGCAGCAGGGAUCUGGGGGUUUUCAAACCAAAGCAAGGUGGUGGAUGACAUCAACAGUUUUUACCUCCAGACGUACAAUGAAUAUAAGUCGACAGGAGAUAAGCACCUUGAAGAGACUCUGCGUUUGAUUCAAACACAUCUGAACUGCUGUGGUUCAAACCGUGAAGAAGCAGGAACUGUCAAAGACACUUGUCCUGAAGCAGACCCAAAUGAGAAGUUCACUAUUAAGAGCUGUCCUGAAGCCAUUGAUGAGGUGUUUGACUCCAAGUUACACAUCAUCGGAGGAGUAGGCAUCACUAUAGGAGUUGUUAUGGUCUUCGGGAUGAUCUUCAGCAUGCUGCUGUGCUGUGCCAUAAGGAAGUCCCGGGAGGUGGUGUGAGGCCCACGCCACGUUCUUGUAAAUUUGCAUGACGUCAUUCCCAGAGUCACGUUGACUCUCCACUGCCAACAGAAACUCUGCCCGUCUAAGAGGGUUGACCUACGCUUGACUGAGCGCAGACAUUUCAGACCACAGAGAAUGUGAAGGUCACGUCAUGCCGCACGGAAGUUUGGAUCUUCUGUAUUUAUAUGCUUUGUUGUACGAGUUUUGCUUGCAUUGAGGGUACUUUUUUGUUGUGCAAGAACCCUGGAGACUAACUUUUAAUAUUACGAUUUUAUGCAAAAAUCUGGUCUAGUUCUACUCAGUUUCUUAAAAAAAUAAACUUAAAAACAUUUUUUUAAAGAACAUCAUAAGGAUUUAUUACACCUUACAGUUCUCCAAGAUGAAGCCAAAACGAAUUUUACUUUGUAAUUUGAUUUUUGGAAUGUACAGAAAUUUUAUCAAAAGGUGUUUUCUGGUCUUGUUCAUCUAACCCUUUUCAAGUGCGAGGGCUUUUUCUAUCUCCUCAUAGCACCUACGAAGUAUGAAACGAAACCAAAGACAAGCAGAUCACAGGAAAGGCUGCCACAUGAGCCUCAUGUCUGAACACGCAGCCCGGCAUCGCGCACCUUCACAUUCUCUACGCAUCAGUAUGACACAUUGGUUUUGUGCUGCUGUUAUAGAUGUGACGUGGUUACUGAGCCCAACUAUAAAAUGGGUGUCACCUGCUUCCGGGGCAGCGUAGAACAGAAAUGUGUUAUUUUGUGGUAAUUUGACUGAAAAAUUUGCAUUUUGUGAGCUUCUCGGUUUUCCACAGCGAAAGAGCGUAUCAUUGUGUAAGGAUCACAUUUCAACUGUAACCACCUAGUUGUUUUUUUAUAUUUAUGGUUGAUGGCCAAAUUAAAAACACUGUAAAUAUCACCACUUUAGUAUAACACAGCAGCAGGAUCACGGUGGCAAACAGCCAAAUAAAUAUCAAGCUUUAGUGAGCUCGGUGUUCCGAGUAGCAUCUUGAGGCACGUGUCCCUCUCUCUUAGUUUACCCAUGUUUGAAUUGCCUUUACGUUUUGUUCCUUUUAUCACAAUUUGUAUGUCUAUAUUUUUUGUACGUUUUCUAACAUUUGGUGUUUAUACGGUACUCGCAGUUUGUUCGUGUCUUUUUGUAACGUUCUCUUGAUUUGACAGUGAGUUGAUUCUAUGCCCUACGUGCACUGAGUUUCACACAUUCAAAAAGAAUAAAAGGAAUUUGUUCAUGU